AUGGUGAACCUAAGAGGUGUCCUUCCGCUUUCGACCAAACUGGUUUCAUCUAUCAACGAGUACUUUGAGUGUUAUGAAGCCCUGGAGUACGAAGAAUGGCUUUACAUGCUUUCUGACAUCCUCGAAGAGACCAUUGGCUACAGGGAGCUGUGCCAAGCGCUACUGCAGAUGCACGAAGACAUCUUGGUACCACUCAAAGAGAGAGAAUACCAGACCCGCUUAAUUAUAAAAGAAUUGAAACACCUACAAAGAGAGUUUGAAAGGAAGAGGAAAGAGUUAGAAGAAAAGGCAGGUUCAGAACGCUCCUGGGCGGUUGGACUUGCCUUUGUACCGAUUGUAAACAUGAUG